CUGAACAUAUCAGCAGGAGCCAUUUUAUUCCGCGAAUGAAACUUCCGAUUUCCUAAAAAACACAAGACAUUCUCCUCGACAUCAAUUGCAGUGUGUCGUUGAAUCGAAUGAUAAACCCUUUCAUACGGCAAUGCGAAGGAAUUGGGUCUGUCUCCAUGGCUUAGUGUGCUGCUGCAGCUGUAGCAGCUGGACCCAGGCAGAAGUCUCUCUUCAUCUUCUCCUUCACCCCUUCUUCCAGCGGUGAGAUCAUCGUGACAUCACACCAGGACGGUAACUGCCCCUGCUGGUUACUAGGGAGUCCCCUGACCCCCCCCCCCCUGUGGAGAUGGAGCCCCAGGGGCUGCCCAGAGCAGAGGGGGAUUAUGAGAUGUUGGGUCUGCUGGUGCCCAGUCCCCAGAGUGAGGCGGUCACCCAUGAGCUGGAGGAGCUGACCCUACAGCCCAGCAACAACCUGCCCCCCCUCAACGAACGCAAGAACGUCCUUCAGCUGAGGCUACAGCAGAGACGUACCCGUGAGCAGCUGGUAGACCAGGGCAUCAUGCCUCCUCUAAAGAGCCCAGCGGCAUUUCAUGAGCAGAUACGCAGCCUGGAGAGAGCCAGGACUGAAAACUUCCUGAAACACAAGAUCCGCAGCCGACCAGAGAGAUCUGAACUGGUCAGAAUGCACAUCCUCAAGGAGACUGGGGCAGAGCCCUCCCUGCAGGCCACCCAGAUGAAGCUGAAGAGGGCCAGGCUGGCUGACGACCUGAAUGAGAAGCUGGCCCAGCGCCCCGGCCCCAUGGAACUGGUAGAAAAGAACAUUCUGCCUGUAGAACCCAGCGUCAAGGAGGCCAUCAUUGUAAACUACCCCAAAGCGCUGGACACGUAUGGGUUUGAGGAGGACAGCGGGGACGCCCUGUCUCCAGAGCAGCCAGCCAGCCAUGAGUCCAAGGCCUCCACACCCUCCCCUGGGGAACCUCGGACCCUGGAGGCCCCCUGCCCACCACCGCUGCCCACAAUCACCAACAACCACACAAUCCUACAGCCCUUUCCUGUUGUCACCCAGGCAACGGCAGACUUCCUCAAAGCUCUCUCCACCAAAGAGCUGCCAGUCAGUCGCCCAGCACCCGCGUCUCAGCCUAUCAUCACUGUCGUUCCUUCAAAGCCAGGGCCCACCCUAGUGAAACAGAGCCAGCCCAAACAGCCGGGAGAGAGGAAUCGCAGUAAGAAGGGCAAGGAGCCAAAGCCCCGGGUCAAGAAGUUAAAGUACCACCAGUAUGUCCCCCCAGACCAGAAACAGGAGGCCAGCGAUGCCCCCAUGGACUCAUCCUACGCCAAGAUCCUCCACCAGCAGCAGCUCUUCCUCCAGCUGCAGAUCKUCAACCAGCAGCAGCAGCAGCACUACAACUACCACACCAUCCUCCCAGCACCCUUAAAGCCUGUAGCUGAGGGUCAGAACAGCAGUGUGAGCGGCCUGCCAACCUCUAUAGUGCUGUCCCUACCUCCUGCCGCCCAUGUCACUGUCCCUACUCCCACCCCUGUCCGUCCCAACAGCCUGUCCAACCGCAAGCCUGGCCACCUGCCUCCUAACCUGGAGGACAUGAAGGUGGCCGAGUUGAAACUGGAGCUGAAAUUGCGAAGCCUCCCUGUCUCAGGGACCAAGACUGAUCUCAUCGAGAGGCUGAAGCCCUACCAGGAGAGUCCCAGCACCCCGGUCCCAACCCCCGGCCCUAAAACCCUCCCCUCCUCAGUUCCCAUAGAGGUUGGCUCAUCCCCUGCACUUCUCCUACCUGCCCACCAGGUGGCACCAGAGAGCAUGAGCGCCACAGCCCCAGUGUCCCCAAUCCCCACAGACCUCGCCACCUUCAGAGACGACGGAGGGAUGCCCAGGGUAUCCAAGCUCCUUUGCGACCCCCAGAGGGUGAGCCUCUGUCGGACAGGCGCGGGGAUGUCCCACCUUGGGCUGGGUGUUGUCCCGGAGGAGAAAGACCGACGGCUCCACGAGAAGGAACGUCAGAUCGAGGAGCUGAUGAGGAAGCUGGAGCAGGAGCAGAGGCUGGUGGAGGAGCUCAAGAUGCAGCUGGGGGUGGAGAAGAAGACCCAGCCCCUCCAGGAACCCUCCUCAGACCCCGUCCCCAUGAUCCAGACCUCCAACGCAGUCAAAAUGGAAGGCAGGGUCCUUCCUAACUGCUCAGCCAUGAUUAACUCAACCCUGGCCCCACAGACUCUCCCCACUGUGGUGAAGGUAGAGGAUGUCAUUUGUAACUCCAGACCCCAUUCCCAGCCCAAUCCGGCCCCCAGUCUGCCCCAGUUCUUCAUCAGCCACCAGGGGAGAGUGUCCCAGGUUCUAGGCCAGCCUGUUUCCCAGACCCUACUCACGGCCCAGGAUGGCUCUACUCAGAUCCUCCUUCCUGUCCUCCAGGCUACGUUGUCAAAUCAAGCCCCAGGUUUGAUGCAAGCCUCCAUCUCCCAGCUGCAUACCACCAAGAUGGAGACAGCCUCCACUCAGCAGAUAACUAAUCACAACCACAUUUUGCAGACUGUUACAGUUUGUAAUGGCUCUGGGAUGGUGGAGAACCAGACUAUGCCCGACAUGCCUCCCCAGUGUUUCCUGAGCAGCUCCCCAGAUAACAGGCUCUCUCCCCGUGGGGCAUCACCCAGCCACAACCUUUCCAAUGGGCCUGUUAACAAGUCUCCAUCCCAGCCCGCCUUCAUCCUCCACCCCUCCUCCCUCGUUACCCAGCCCCCCAAGAACAGGGACCCCCCCCGCUACGAGGAUGCAGUUAAACAGACCCGCAACCUGCAGCAGGCCAACAACCUCACACAGGUUUCCACGGCAACCAGCCAGCAGAUGGACGACCUGUUUGACAUCCUGAUUCAGAGUGGAGAGAUCACUCCAUUCAUCCAGCAGGACCUGCCUUCUCUAAGCACUAAGACUGUCCCUGUCACAGCCAACAUCACUACCCUCCCUGUCAACACCGCCCUGUCCAGAACCCCUCCACAGAUCCAGGUAGCUCCCCCUCCCACCCCUCCCUUCGACCCCCUGCCCCUCCCCAGUCUGGCCUCCGACAACCAGCUGGAGGCCUUCCUGGAGGGGACUCUGAACAACCCGUCCCCAACCACGGACCCCCGCACCCUGGGUCUGAUCGAGGAGUUGCAGUCCCAGCUCCUGGAUCAACCCUACUCCCCCAUGGACACCUCAGAGCUGUCCUUCUGCGACUCCACGUCUCCCCCUUCCUCCCUCAACAUGGGCUUGUCCGACACAGUCCUGGACAACAUGGAGUGGCUGGAUCUAACCAUGCCGUCCGACCCCGCGGGGGGGCUCACACCCCUGGGGAUUCCUUCAGACUUCCUGGAUACACACGACCUGCAGCUGCACUGGGACUGAGGGAGAAGGGGAUAGAUGGAGUGAGGAAGGAAGGAAGGAAGAGGAUUGGUGUAGGGAUAGAGGGACUCAAGGUAACAAAUGCAGACCUGGUAAGUGAGGUUAGUCCUCCUUGUGUAUUUAAAACAUAACAAAAAAAUAAAAAUGUUCUUCCAUAUAAUAAGAUUAGCCAGCUGGUGAUCGGGGCAUUGGAUGUUUCAUAGGAGUACUGGGACCAGAGCCAAAUGAACAAGGAGGCAGACGGUAUGUAAAUAUCCUGUAAAUGACAGUUAUUUGAACCAGAACAAGGUUAGAUGUUCACUCAGCCCUGCUGGAGUUUUUAUUGAAUUGGGCAAAGCUUUCACUAUACGACACAUGGCAGUCAGCCUUACGCUGUUCAGCUUUCCUUGCGGUGAACACGUGGAUGUGUUAACUUAGCAUGCGUUUCACAUCGGUCAUGCUACAGGGUCUGGAUCUACAGCCAUUGCUCUGUGGAAGCAUGCUGCUGUGCCAUACAGUCUGAGAAUGUGGUUUGUUUGUUACAGAUCUGUUGUGCACAAGCCACGACAAACCGCAUAACUGACAUAAGUAAAACUGACGAGUACAAGGCUGUUUUACACUGGUCUUUUUUUGCGACAUACCUAUAUUUGGUAUUGUGACAUAGCUACAUAUUGUAUUCGAUGAGACUGUUUUUUUCCUGAACAAAACAGACGCUAUGGUCAGUUGGACUAUUUAAGCAAUGAACUGAACUGACACUGAGAACAAAGACUCACUCCUAUUGGAUGAGGAGGAGUGGACUCCUCCCACUCUGAGCUAUGCACUAAGGKGGUGGGCCUUACACCUGCACCUCACACAAGGAAAUCUGAAUCACAGAUAAAGAUUUUAAUGAGCCGUUUAUUGAAAAAAUGUCAAUCCACGUGUUGGUUAUCUUUGUGUACUUUCAAUUCAAGGAUUCCAAGUUGAUCCGUCUGAAUGAAAGUGGAAACUUUACAUUGUUGGCAGCUUUAUCUUCUGAAAGACAACUGAUGUAUUAGUGGCAAGGGAACAAUUAUGCUAUCACACAGGUACACUACAUAGAGGUUAAUGUGUGUAUACUUACUGUAUGCUAGCCUGGUCCCAAGUCUGUCUGUGCUCUUGCCAACUCCAUUGCCAAGCAUGUUUGACAUGACAAUGAGUGACAAGAAGUUGGCAUGAUAGUCUGAGUGCCAGUUGUUUUGUAUGCUACAAGUGUUUGUGACAUGUUUUAAUGUGGCUGCAUGACCUCUGGCAGAAAGACUGUAAUCUUCUCUGUCUGUCCUGAAAACUGUCUGUCAAAUCUCUGCAUGUGUCUCUGUCUCUCACUGUGUGUCUGUG